AGUAAAAAGGAGCGCUUGGAUCACGUGUGACGUCACAGACCAUUUUACGUUCACUUCGUGGUUUAGUUUGAGAAGAAAUCCACCAAACCCAACAAACACUCAGUAUGCAACAGUAAUAAGAUAAAUGUCUUCUCCAGGUCAAGCAGAAGAAGAUGAGAUGGAAGAAGUGGAGUUUGUGUCUGAGGGCCCUCUCAGACCAGUACUUGAAUGUAUUGAUCUAUUAAGCGACAGUGAAGAUGAGGGAUGUUCAUCAAUGACAAGCACUCUUGAAGAGAAACUCAGUCAUCAUAAAGAUCAUGUUACAUCUACACUAGACCGACUAGCACAGCAGGUGGCUUUUGAUAAACAAGAAAGAGCAAAUAAAUGCAGAGCUUUUAAGGAGAAACAAAUCCUUCAAAAAGCUCAUGGGCAGCAGGAGCUGGCUUUUAGUUCCACAAAUGGGAUAAAUCAGGAAGCAAAGCGCUGUGUAGACAUGUGGCUGAAGAUGCCAGGUGUCAAACCUGGGGUGAUCAACGCCGGAUGUGGAAGACGACGCACACUUUCCUCUUUUCCCAAAAAUACAUCGACCAGAUACACUUGUCCAGUGAUUAACUGUAGGAGAGUUUACGAGAACCCAUCUCUCCUAGAUGGACACUUAAAAAGGUUUGAUCACUCCCCCUGUGAUCCAACCAUCCAUCUUAAAGGAAGUCCUUCUGAAAUAUUUGCCUGCGUGGCCUGUGGUCUGCAUUUUCAGACUAAAGAAGCAUGGAAGACACAUCUGGAGUCAAAGGUGUCCUCAAGUAAUUCAGAAGGUCACAGCAUCACCCAGAACUAUCAGGUCAUCGCUUGCUUCGCUUGUCCUGCCUGCUACCUCCUUUUCAACUUACGGGAUGAGUGUCUACAGCACAUGUCGGCUCAAAACCACUUUAAAGAUUCACUCAUCAUGACUGAAUCCAAAGGAAGACCAUUGCCCAUCCCUGUCCCACAGUAUGCCAAGAACCGUCUCAUCGCUUUGUGCAAGGAUGCAGCUUUCAAUGUCCGGUGCUCUUUAUGCCACAAAGUUCUGAUCUCACAUCAAGCUGCUCAAGCUCAUUUCAAUGUGCAGUGCAGAGAGGGAUGUGCUGUGGCCAAAGCUGAGAAAACAGUAGUGCAUGCAAUGAAACAGCUACAAGUGCGAGGGCAGUGCACUCUCUGCUCUAUGAUCUUCCACAGCCACGCUGACAUGCAGAAGCACAAAGAAUCAACCCAGCAUAAAGUGGAGGUCAACCAGACAAUGGAGAAAGCACUCCUUCAGUACAGCAGAUUUAAUGAAAUGCAUCACAACCGGAGGGCUAAGGAGGCACAGGAGAAAAGGAAGUCAGCUGGCAUUGAAGAUACUUUUCUGAAAAGAAACAGUAGGACAGGUGAUCUCGAACCGUUUCCAGCAAAAAGGCAGAGGCUGAGCCCCAGUGUGAACGGUGGGACUGGCAGAUACUCGGCCGUAGCGUGGUUCUGUGAAUGCGGCCUGCAGUUCUCAGAGGAAGAUACAGCCACCAAGCAUCUCUUGGCUGUGAACCAGAUCUUCCAUCAGUGUGGCGUGUGUGGAAAACACAUGGGAGAGUCUUCAGUGGCCCGCCUGCAUAUGAGUCGAUUUCACGGAGGGGCUCAUCUCUCCAACUUCCUCUAUUAUUGUCGUAAAUGUAAAGUGGAAAUGCCACGACGUGAAGAUAUCCUGUUACACAUAUCAGAAGCGCACCGCGGACACACCUACUUUACCGAACAACAAGUCCAGGAAGAUGCCGCCGCAUUCGACGACGCCAAACCAUCCACCAGUGGAAAAUUCACUCCGCACUCUCAGCCCGAGGUCACAGCCCAGCAGAGCUCUGCAGAAGUGUCUUCUUCAAGACAAGAACAGAGCUGGAUGUGCAGGAUGUGUGAGGACAUCUUUGAGACGGAGGAAGCUGUUCACAAACACUGCAGCGACAUGAGCAGUCACAGCUUUCAGAGGUUCAUCUGCGGACACUGCCCACAGAAGUUCUUCAAAGAGUCCACUGUACGUAGGCACUGCAUGAACGAGCACAACGGGCAGAUAAAGAGCUCCCACUUCUGCGGCCUCUGUGACAGCAUGCAGUUUGAAUCAGAGGGAGAGUUCAUAGACCACUACAAGAGCCUUCAUAGUAGGGAUUACUGCUGUAUGGACGCCGCCGACAUUGUUCAACCUGCUCUUACUGAAAGCCCUUCUCUAGAUAUAUGCUCCUGCAUGAGCUCAGAAAAGAGCAAAGCAGAAAUGAAAACUACUUAUACGCAGUGCAUGAAGAAUUUGGCCGCUGAAGGGAAGUGUCAGUACAUUUGUACUCUCUGCAGUUUAACGGUGCCUUCCUAUGCAGAGAUAAAAACUCACGUCCACACGAAACACACAGCCUCGAACCUCGACAAGCCCUUCCACGUGGAAUGCAAAGUGUGCCGGGAGAUUUUUACACAUGUACCGAGUUUCCAUAAACACCACCACUCCCAACACUGUAUAAAGGAACCAUGUGUGGGCUCCAGGACCUGCAAGAGAGACGUGAUAGCAGAGCCCAGCGCUGUCAAAAUAUUAGACGCUAUGGAAGUGAAACCAGACACAAAUGAGAUUGAAGAUGAAACACUGAUGAAAUUCUUCAACAUGGAAAAAAACAGAGAGGGUGAAGACAAUGAAAAUGAAUCAGAUGAAGAGAUGAAGCGUGUACUAGCGAUGAGUGUAGAAGACGCAAGAGAGUCAGCAGAGUUGGAAGAAGCUCUCAAAAGAAGCCUUGUGGAAUACUGAGGACAGAAACAUUUUUUUUCUUUUAUGGUUGCGGUUCCUGGACAUCGAAGUGUUUUGUACAAAGUGUUUAUGUUCAGAAUGUAUUAAAUAAAUGUCACUUCAUUUGACUUUUUGUGUUACGAAUCAAAAAGAAAACCAAAAGUGUGUUUCUUGCACAGAUCAACCCCCAUACAACUGUUUUCUUCCAUGUUUCAGUAGUGGUUCGUAGCUGUUGCCUUGUGCACUGCUCUCUGUUGUGACAACUCAACACUCUAGUGUUUCGACACAUGAGCUAUAGAUGGCUUCGAUGACUCUGCAAGAUGCCAUAGUACACAAGUAGCUGAAGUUGUAACGACGCUGUUAACUGAGACUCCAGUUGGCUCCUGGCUUUAAUUUGUUGACUUGAAAUCCAAUGUAUUAACAGCACAGUUCAAACAUUUCUCAUUAGAGUUUUAUCAUUAAAUGUAUAAAGUGAGAACAAAUUUAUUUUAAAAGUAAAACCAAAAAAAUAUAGUUUGGUUUGUGUCAUUUUGAGAAAGGUUAUAGGCAUAUUCUUUGUUGGAUAUGUACUGAAAGAACAUAUUCUCUGCAAAAAUAAAUGUUUAAUUCUACACAAA